AUGUCAGCCAUAAAAGAUUCCUCAUUUCGCUCAUGGAAAGAUAGUAAUAGUGGAUAUUAUCAAAGUAUUGCUGAUAAUUACACACUUUAUUUAUUACCCGAUUAUAUAGUUAUUGAACCAAUCGUAGUUGAUGCUAAAGAAUUUAUUGUUAUUGAUCGUACUCAUGAAGAUAUUCGAAUACAUAAUACUUUACCAAAUGUUGAUGGAGCUACACAACAAUCUAUUGAUGGAAUAAUUGGAAUAAUCAGUUUAAUAUCUGGUCAAUAUUUAAUUGUAAUUACAUCUAAAAAAUAUAUAGGUGAUAUAAAUGGACAAGCAAUUUAUAAAGUUCAAACAACAAAUAUUAUUCCUUUUGUACGAAAUAUGUCUCAUUUAAAUGAAUAUCAAUUAAAAUAUAACGCAAAAUAUUUAUCUAUGAUUGAACUUGUUUUACGUACAGAAGCUUUUUAUUUUUCUUAUACAUAUGAUUUGACACAUACGUUUCAACGACUUCAAACAUCAUCGCCUGAUUUUCAUUCAAUACCGUUUCUUGAACGUGCUGAUGAACGUUUUGUUUGGAAUCGUUAUUUAUUGAGUCAAUUUGCAAAUGAUCGAAUUAUGGCUCGAUUUGCUUUACCAAUUAUUCAUGGAUUUGUUGCAUUUAGUAAAUUUAAUAUUAAUGGACAUUCAUUUAGUUACGGUGUUAUUUCACGACGAAGUACCUAUCGAGCAGGAACAAGACUAUUUAUUCGUGGUAUUGAUAAUAAUGGCCGAGUUGCAAAUUUUGUUGAAACAGAACAAAUUCUUCAAUUGGAUGAUGUUGCUUGUUCUUAUGUACAGACACGUGGUUCAGUACCUUGUUUUUGGGUACAAUUACCUGAUCUUCGUUACAAACCUAAAGUCACAGUAUUAACAUCUAAAAACCAUAUGAAUGCAUUUCGACAACAUUUUGAAGAACAAGAAUAUUAUUAUGGCAAACAAUUUCUGAUUAGUCUUACAAAUCAACAUGGAGCAGAAGGUAGAUUGAAUGCGAAAUAUCGUGAAUUAUAUGAAACAAGUGAAAAUUCUUAUCUCAAAUUUGAAGAUUUCGAUUUUCAUAAAGAAUGUGCCGGUAUGCGUUAUGAUCGUUUAACAAUUCUUUUAGCUCGUCUCAUAGCUGAUCAAGAUGAUUAUAAAUAUUUUGCCUUAACUAAAGAUGGUACAUCACAAGUUCAACAAACUGGUGUAUUUCGUACAAAUUGUAUUGAUUGUCUCGAUCGAACAAAUGUUGUACAAACACUAUUAGCUAAAAGAAUGUUAGAACAACAACUACAACGUUAUAAUAUUAUUAAAUAUAAUGAAACAAUUGAUUCAUAUAAACAAUUAAGUCAUACAUUUAAGAAUAUUUGGGCAGAUAAUGCUGACACUAUUAGUUUUCAAUAUGCUGGAACCGGUGCAUUAAAAACAGAUUACACAAGAACUGGUCAACGAUCAAUGAUGGGUCUAGUCCAAGAUGGUUAUAAUUCAUGUAUGCGUUAUAUAUUAAAUAAUUUCUUUGAUGGUUUUCGACAAGAUGGUAUUGAUCUCUUUUUGGGCAAUCAUCAAAUAUCAUCCAAUGAAGGUCGUGCACCAGAAUCAUGUCCAAUUAGUAAAGAAAUAAGUAAAAAAUUGUUGGCAUUACCAGUUGCAAUGCUCAUUGCGUUUUCAAUGUGUAUUAUUAAUUUAUUAAUACCAGCUGCAACAUUUCAUGAACAAGUGACUCAUAUUCUAUUUUGGGGUGUAACAACAAUAUCAACAUUAGCACUGACAAUCUUUUGGAGACAUGAAUUAGUUGAUGUACCUAAACUUUAUUCUAAAGUGAAAUAUGAUCCUUCUUGA